GGAAGACAUCAAGAAAGUCUACCCCAUCAGUCGCGGAGACUCAGACACCUACACCACCAACUGUGGCAGAAGGAUCCUCAACGAGGACAACAAGGAAAUCAGUGAAUGCAGAGCUUGUGGCUGAGCAUAGGUAUGAAAGUUUCUCCUCUAGAGAAAUCAUACCAGAGAGAUCAGUUUAUUUGGACGCUGAAGACACCUGGGGGAUUUCUUGAUAUCAUCAAGAAAGGUCAUCUUGAGAGAAUUGUCACCGGUCUUGUUGGGUAUAUUCCAGAAAUUGUGAAGGAGUAAUACGUUGCAUUCCCUGGAGAAAUCACCAGAGCUUCCAGGGACAGGGUGGAAGUGAUCGUCCGUGACCACAGGUUUGAAUUCUCUCCAACCAAGAUCAAUGAGUACUUGAACCUCAUGCCACUAUCAGAAGAAGAAGUGAAAGCUUAUGAGAUGGCUGAUGCACUCACGAUCGAUGAGUUGGCAGACUUCUUGACAGAAGGCACAUUAAGUCUCAGGAAUCUCAUAACGCGAUAUCUGUCUCCGUGCAAGGCUGCACUUGUGAUCCUCUCAGCAUACAACUGGGUGCCAUCCUCUCACAAGAAUGUUGUGUCAGCUGAUCGUGCUCGACUCAUCUACAAGAUGUUUCAUGGAACAAGAGUUGAUGUUGGAGAGAUGUUUUACUCACAGAUUCUGAACCUAGCAGUACUUCAAAAGGAGGGAGGUAAGAAAGACACGUGCUGGCUAAUUCUUCCUCGCACAAUCUUUGGUGUGCUUCAGACUCAGUUCGAGAUGCAGAGAAAGCCAAGGGAAAAACUUUCUGGUGUAAUUCCAUACAAGAAGGAUUCUCGUCUGGGGCAGAUUUAUCUCAAAAAUCAAAAGGAAAAACGAGAAGCUGAAAAUAAGGCUCAGAGGCAGGCCAAGAAGAAAGGAAAAUCUGCAUCAACAUCAACUGCAGUACCUCCUUCUGGACCACCUCCAAGCACUCCUCGUUCCGAAAGGACUGAUCCUUCUGGAUAUGUGCCACCAAGACAGUCUCCGCGGUCUACUGGAAUCUCGGCUCCAUUGCAGCUCUAGGACAACCAAUAGAUGCUGAGGAGGCAAAGCUGGCUUUAGAUACGGCUUCAGCAGCAAUUCAACAGCUUGCAACUGCGAUGCAGACUCUGACGAGCGUCGUAGGACAGAUUGCAAGCAUGUUGUACCCAAGGGGAGAAGAAGAGGCAGACGAUCCGCAGCAGAAGGAUGAUCAGGAGAACUAGAUUAUGGGGUUUUUUUUUUUAAUUAUGGGGGAGUGAGAGAUAAAACAAUGUUGCUGGUUUUUUGGUUUUGGUUUUAUGUUUAUCUCUAACUCUUGAACUUGCAUGUUUUGAACCUUCAUUUCAAUGUUAAUGCACGUAUUAUUCAGGAUAUAUCAGUUCGAAUGUGUGUGGUUGUUUGAGCGGAUCUGUGCAUGUACUUGAGAGGCAUCCAAAGCUAAAAUGGGGAGAUUGUAGAUGCAAAGAUCAGAUGGACGUUCUGAUACAGACGCAAGUACAUCAGCGAAUGGAGUAGAGUCUGCAACAGAGAAGUGUACGUGCGGAUGAACAAGUCAAGAUGAAGAUUACGACUUGAAGAAUGUAUUGCGGACCAAGGCGAAGUUAAUGCGAAGACAUCUUGGGGAGCAAGCUUGAAGAGAUUCACCUUGGAGAAGGGAGAUCUCACGAUAGGAAGUUUCUUAAAGACUUUGGAGACGUUUUAGGGAACUUACCAUAUUUGGGUAGAUAGUGAAUAUUGGGUAGAUAGGCGUGGAUAGCCGACUUGGCUGUAUUGUAUAUAUAGUCAUACUCGACCUGCGGAUUAGGGUUGUCGAGAGAAUUGUAU